AACCCUCUUCAUCCCUCUCCGUCUCCACUUGGCCUUUCCCGGGAUCCCGCUCGUCCUUCCUCCCGAAAUCCACUCGAUCUCGGCGCUUCUCCCCCAGUUCCAAUCCCUACGACUUCUCCAUCGAGCACCAACCACCCUCCUGUUGCCGUGAUGACGAGCCGAACCUGAUCCUAUUUUCCAGUCACCAGAGCAAUCAAGCUUGCUCCAGACUAAAAAAAUGGCAAAAUUCUUCUUAUCAGCGAGGCGCAUCCUCCUCUCUCGAUCCCCUACAACCCCAUCAAACUUAUUCAGUUUGCGUAGUCUUUGCUCAGCGGCAUUUCGAUCGAUCGAAGACAUCGAUGGUUCGAGCACGCCGACAAACCACCGCCGUCAUUUGAUCCAACUGCCGCCGAUGAUUCCAACCGGUAGGAAUCCCUUGGAAAAGGGAUUUAAUAUCGAUCUCGUGGAUUCCGACCUUUGGGGGGUGUCCUUCGGCUUGGCCCACUCUUGGAAUGGAAUGGAUGGGAAGCCGGAAGCGGCGAAUCCCAUGUCGGAAUUGGUCGAUGAUGGUUCUUCUGAUUGUUCUCCGGAGAUGGUGACGGAAGACACCCCUGAUUUCGACGAGAUCGAGGACUUGAGGCUGCGCAAGAAGUUGUUCUACAAAUUGGAUAAGGGUUCCAAGGAAUUCGAAGAGAACAACUUCAGCUUCCAUCGGAGGACAUCAUCGAAGAAGACGAAGAGGAAUCGUGAGAAGCCAACACAAGCUGAUCGAAAGAAAGAAUUCAAGGAAUCGGAAAAGAAGAUGAAUGCCACCAAGGUUUCAAAGCAGAAGCCCAAAAAUUUAAACCAGGAGAGCGAAAGAGCUCGAAUUGAGGCACCAGUGAUGGAGGGGAAGAAGGUGAGAACGCCCACAUUUAAUCAAUUGACAGAUCCUUACCAUCUGCCAUUCUGUCUGGAUAUUUAUAUAUCGAAAGGAUCUGUUCGUGCUUGUGUUGUUCAUCGGGUCACCUGCAAGGUGGUCGCUGUGGCGCAUUCCAUUUCAAAGGACAUGAAGUUUGACCUGACAUCUAAGAAGGAUGCGACAGCUUGUGCUGCCAUUGGAGAGGUUUUGGCAAAGCGUGCGAUUGAGGAUGAUAUUUACAAUGUGGUCUACACACCGAGGAGAGGGGAAAAAAUCGAAGGGAAGAUUCAGACUGUGCUUCAGUCUAUUAUCGAUCAUGGGGUUGAUGUAAAGGUGAAGCUUAAGCAAACGAGACCCAAAAAGAUUGCCGUUCAUCCAUUUUCAGAUCAUUCUACAUGACCCUCACAGCAUUUCCAUGAAGCAUCCUGCUGUUCUUGUGUAUGCUUGGCCAGUGGGCUUAUAAAUAUUCGGAAGCUCCAAAACGUUAGCAAAUUUCUAUGAGAUUCUCAUGAAACCAGAUUGAAACUGCAGGUGGAUAAGAGUGAUUAGGCACGAUGAUCAUAUCACAACCUCAGAGGCAGAUUUCUGCCUUAGAAGAGCUGCAGCUUCAGCAGUUUUUUUAUGAUCGGAAGAUGGACGUGGUAAAAGUUAAAGAGGCAUUUGAAAUAAAAACGUAGAAUUGUUUGUCUUCAGCAGCAGAGAUGAGGACGCAGAAGGAUGGAAAGCAUGCAAAUGUGGUCAGAUAUGAGAUUAUCAAGUAUGUAUGUGGAACUGUUGAGACAGAAGAAUCAAAUCAAAACACCAAGAGUUUAUGCUUCCUAUAAUUCUGAGACCCAAGGUAAUCAUGGCGACAAACCUCGCUAGAAGUAUGUUGAUUUUGAAAUUAAAGCUUGAAGCUUCCAGGGCAUCAAAUAUUAUUGCUAGUGAAGCUUUAAAACUCACAAAUGUUUUCAUAUGACUUGAAAUCACUAAUUGGCUUACUUUUAAACUAAUACUUCCUGGAGGAUGAAUUACUAUUAUACUGGGUGCAGUGGCAGGAUGUGGAACAACGUUUUAGAUUUGAUAUUGGUGUUAAGAGUGCGAACGACCCAGCAUACAAAAGAGUAUGCUUUGGUCACUUCGCUCAGGCAUUUUUGACAGCCGUUGCAUAGAGAUCAUUUUAGCGUGAUAGCAGCACAAUGAAAAGUGAUAUCUAAGUUUUCAUUGUGUCAUGGAAAUCCAAUGAAAAAUUUUUUAGAGGUGCUUGUAGCUUUCGAUAAGUUCCUUAGUGUAUACUGUAAUUUCAGUGGAAAAUGAGAUAGUGUAGUAGUAAGUAUGGUCUACUGUACC